AUGGCGUAUCGACCAACGUUGAUUCCACUGGCGGGCCCGCCGAGGAUGGACCCGGUGGCCGGACCGCCGAGUCCAGACCGUCAGGAGCAGCAGGGAGCGGUGGACCGUAGCCGGUCGCCCCACAUCCCGAUCGCGGACGAGGCGACCGACUUGAGCGUCGAUUGGGCGCGGGAGUUGAGCAGGAUCAUCGAGAACGUGGACGAGGAGAGGAUCCACGAGAGGAUGGAGGAGUUCGAAGUGGAAGCAAGACGCAGUCGUUGGGAGGCAGAGGAGACAGUUGCACGACGACUGCGAGAGCGUUACGCAGCCGAGGCGGUUGUCGAGAGCGGCGUGAGGGACGAGGUAAUCCAGGCGGCGGAGCACAACGCGAGGCACGAGAUGCAGGCGAUCCGGGCCGAGGCGCAAGAGCGCGAACGGCUGAGGGACCAGCAGCUCUUCGCGGAACUCCGCCAGCGCGUUGAGGUCGUGGAGCACGAGGCGGCCCAGAACCAGGAUGUUCGUUGGAGGCAGGUGGUCGAGGGCAUUGCGGAGGAAUGCCGCGACGGCUAUCGAGCAGAGUUUCACGGCGAACUCGGCGUACAAAGGCAGCAUUUCCUCUUGACCGAGGAAGGGGUCGAGCGGCAGGUCGCCGCGAGAUUCCGGGAGCUUGAGGUGAGCGCCGAGCGCCGCAUGCGCGCGCGGGAGAAGCAGUUCUUCGACGAGCAGUUGGUCUACGAGGAGCGGAUCGAAAUGCUGCACGACCGGGUCCACGAGGAGUCCGAGGAGGCGGCUGUUUGGCGAUGGCAGAGCGACUCAACCCACGAGCAGCUUCAGGACAACAACAGGUACUCCGAGGAGUUCAGCAAGGAAGCCAACGAGUACAUCCAGAAGCUGGGGGACGAGAUCAGCGACGCCUUCCAGCGCUGCGUGGAGGCGAAUGCCAGGACAACGAGGGCAGAGGUACAGGCGGAAAGCGAGAUGCGGAAGGUGGCCGAGGUCAGGCGGGAGCUGGCCGCGGCUCAGAGAUCCGCGCACCACACUGGAAUGACGACGGCGCCAGCGCCGCGCGUGCCGAUCGCCAUGCUGCCUCCGCUCGCCAAGAGAGUCGUCAACCCACUUAUGUCCUCUGGAUUCUGCAUUGGGAGCGCGGCGAGUCGUGGUCGCACAGACCCCGCGGCAGCAGCUCCGAUGGCCGCCGCGCCGGCGAUGCCGUCGGCGGCGUCGCCUGGCGCUCUGCCAGGCACGGGCCUUGGGGCGGGCUCGCCAACGCAGCAUUGCAUUGCUAGCAGCGACAGCGAGGACGAGGACGAGGCCUUCAUGCGCCGCCGCACGACGGUCAAGGAGAUGAAGAUCGACCCCCUCACGAGCGCAGCUGGUCUCCGCAAGUGGACCAACGAUUUGAUGACAGAGUGUUGCCGCGUUUCGAACCGCUCAAAGGUCAGGGCGACGAAGUACGUGAAGAGCGCCUUCGAAGCUGACCGCGUCGAGGACGUCGAGUACAUCCCCAAGAAGUGGGACCUCUUCGACACGGAGCUCUGCUCCGCGCUGAAGAAAGGCGCGUCCGGCGCCAUAGGCCGGCAGCUGACGUUGCACCAGGAGAAGAACGCGCGCUUCGGCACGCCCGCGUCCGGCAGGGCGGCCCUCUACAUGAUCCUCCGGCGUUUCGAGCUCGACAGCGGCAAGGCGCACCGCGUUCACCUCGCGGCGCUCAACGCUCUGAAGUACAAUGGGGAUCUCGAGGUGUACCUCGACGCCCUGGACGCCAGGCUCGCCCUGAUGAGCGCCGAGCCGGACGAGGCGCUGCUGCUCGCGAUCGUCGAGCCGGAGCUCCGCAAGGCCCCCGACCUCGCGUUCGAGUUUGCCCAGUUCGACCGCGCCCUCGACGACGCCCCAGAGAAGACGCUGCAGUUCUUGUGCGAUUCGGCCAGGAGGGCGUGCGCGAGAGCUGCGCAGAACAAGACCGUCGACGCCCUGACCCCGACGCCAAAGCAGGUGAAGCAGGUCAGGCAGGCCGCGCCGAAGGGGAAAGCCAAGUUCGGCGACAAUUGCAAGCACGUCCACUGGAAGGACAGCGUUCACACGCCCACCGCGGCCUGGCCAGCAGGGACCGCGGUCACCCUCGGGCGGCAGCCCGGCGACGCGCGCAAGUUCUUCGCGGACGGCAAGUGCUCGCACGGGGACAAGUGCAUCUACAAGCACGGCGACGGCGACAAGCGGGACCUCGCGGCGGUCUCGAAGGCGAAACGCGAGGCCGAGGCCAAGCAGAAGGGCAAGGGCGGCGGCAAGAAGCUGCACCUCUGCUCGUCGGGGAGCCUGUGCGGCGCCUCCGACAAAUGGGUGCUGGACACCGCGACCACCUUCGACGCGUCGGGGAAGGGCCUCCAGGGGGCCCACAUGGAUCUCCACGACCAGGUCGCGGUUGAGACCGGUGGAGGCAACGUCCACUGCGAUCGCGCCGUCGUCACGCACCUCAGCGAGAUCGGCGGGGACGUGGAGGCGACCGUGCUCGAGGAUGCGGACGAGACGGUCCGCGUGCUGACGGUUGGGCGCCGCUGUGCCCAGUUGGGCUUCGAGUUCACCUGGAAGCCUUUCGCUCCUGCUGCGGACGUUUUCCUGCCUGAUGGGUGUCGCGUCGGCGUGAAGGUCGACCCCGACUUCGUGCCGUAUGUCGAGUCGCAGCCCAAGCCACGCAGGGACCCAUCUGCGGGCAAGCGGCUGCUGGUCAACGUCGCUGUGGUCGACGACGGCGCGCUGAUCGACGACGCCCUGCCUCUGGAGGCGGAUCCACCUCAAGACGACGACGUGGAGCUGGGGGAGGACGAGCACGAGGAGGACGAGAAGGACGUGGAGCAGGAGGACGGGGGGGAGAUCUCGCAGAUCGGGAUUGUGGACCAGACCGUGGACCCUGGGCACGACGACGCUGCAAGGCACGUUGCCCGAGUGCUGGAGGGAGGCAUCACGAGCUACGACGGCGACCUGAUGCAGGACGACAAAAUCCUCCACCGGAUCCAGCUUGAGGACUCCUUCGACGACGUCGUGCUGCCCUGCGACACGUCGCGCCUCACGAAGGAGCACCUCGCGUUGCGCCAGCCGGCCAUGCCGAAGUACUGUCCCGGGUGCCGGGGGGGCAAGCACGCCAAGUGGCCUUCGCGGCGACGCCCGGUCAGCGGCGCGUGCGUUCGCUGCGCCGACGCGGACGAGAGGCCGUUCGGCGCGUGCGUGCACAUGGACCACAUCGUCAUGCAGCCGGUUUCGGAGGCCGCUCGAACGGCGAAGUACAGCUUGAACAUGCUCGACGAGCGUGCGAAGUUCGCCGGAGUCUUUCCGGCGAGCUCCAGGGACGCCGACACCAUCGUCGAGGCCCACCACACCUUCGACAGCGCUGUGCCUGAGAUCCGCCGCUGGUGGAGCGACAAUGCCCCCGAGCUUGCGGCUGCGAGACGCAAGAUUCGCAGAAUGCGGCCGUUCGCGCAUUAUCGGAGCAUCCCGCGCGCGCCGCAGAGCAACGGAGUCAUCGAGCGGUUCAACCGCACUGUGGUCGAGGGGGCCCGGGCCUUGCUCCUCAUGGCCGCCUUUCCGGCGUCGUGGUGGGUGUGCGCGAUCUGUUAUUGGUGCAUGCGGUACAACGGCCACUGCAGGGGGGCGGACGGGUUCACUCCGCACGAGCGCCGCUACGACACGUCCGCCGAGUACGAGCAGUACCCAUUCGGAGCGCUGGUAUUCGUCGCUGCUGCCCGGCGCGGCGGGGCCAAGCCUUCGAAAUGGAGCCCCAGGAUGGUGCCGCACGUGCUGGUCGGCAUCGGUUGCGGGCCAGGCUUCGCGUGGAACCGGACGUGCGGCGUCGUCAAGCUGGAGCGCCUCCUGAGCAGCGACCGGCCGUCCCGGGCAUGCAUCAGAUACUCCGCGGAGGUCGACUUCCCGGACCGCAUCAUCUUCCCCAUGCGCCAGCGCCUCAAGCUCGCCGGAGCAUCCAGGGAUGCGAGCUUCCCAGCGCCAGCGGUGACUGAUGACAACGAGUCGUGGGCGUUGCAGCUGUCCGAGGUGAGCGAGGAGCCGGGCGACGAGGCCUACGACGGGGCCAUGGAGGGGGGCGCCCCGAAGCUGGAGCCGGGCAACUUCGUCGAGUCCGUCGUGCUGGACCCCGAGGACUCGCAGGCGGCGGACGACCCGGGGCCAGAGGAGGAGGUGGUCGAGAAGAACGGCGGCGAGCAGGCCGCCACCGAACACGAGCCUAAGGACGAGCCUGCCGAGCUCGGCCGUGCGGAGUUGGAGGUUGAGGAGAAUCGUGCGCCCAAGGGCUGGAGGAUUGACACCUUCCCGCACGGGCACCAUACGAGGACGAUUUCGGUUCCGCCCUGGAGCCGGAGGCCGCCCACAGUCCUCCCCGAGGCAUGGCUCAUGUUCAAGAAAUCUCACCAGGAGAAGUUGCGCCAGGAGUGGAAGGAGAAGGAUCCCGUGGGCUUCGCCGCUCAAGAAGCUCGGAAGGCGGCAUAUGAACAUGCCAAGCGGACCAGGGGGAGCCUCCCGGCAAGUGCCGCGAACGCCGGAAGCGAGGGCGCUCGUGGACCCCCGGCUGCUGAAGUACCGGCUGCAGCUCAGCUCAUGCACGUGGGCAGGGAUCGGCCGAGCGUGAAGCCUGAGUACGAGGCCGCGCAUGUGCAAGAUGGCCCAGCUGCUGCGGCGGCCGGCGCGAUGGCCACGCGCCUGAGCCAGUCCGGACUGCAGGGCGACAUCUUGCGAACUGCUCGCACGAAGAUCCAGAGCGGGCAGUUCAAGGUUGUUGUGGUGGAUAUAUCUACGGAGGAGGAUUCGAUGAUCGCGGAGCUCAUGCCGCAGCGCGCCCUGACCGUCAGAGUCACGGAGGGCGACGAGCUGUGCAGGAAGGAAACCAUCAGGGCGCUGCACGGCAUCGUCCGGGCUUGCAGCCAGCUUGGCAUUCCGCUGCACGUCUGGGUCAGCACGGUGCGCACGCCAGGCGAACUCCCAGACCGCCGGGUCGAGGUCGCUGUUGGCCUGUGCCGUCACGUCGUCAAGCAGGGAGGCUACAUCUACUGGGGGUGGCCGCCGACGUCCUCCGUUUGGUUGCGCAGCGACGUGCGGCAGCUGCUGGAGCACGCUGGAUCUGAUCUUCGUGACGUCUCGAUGGCUAGCCUCAGCGUGUCUGCCGCGGAGGGCCAGAGCGACGACCCCUUCGAGCCCGCGGGGCUCCGCAAGUUGCUCGAGCCGCGCGCCCUGGCGCCGGAGAUGCCGCCGGAGUCGAUCGACGGCUGUCGCGACGAGAGCGUGGACCUCCGAGGGCCAUGCUCCCAGGAGCUCGCACGUCUGAUCUGGCAGUCUAUUUUGCCCAUCGCCGGGGGCCACACCGACCACGACGACACCGCGCAGCACGACGUCGGCAGGAAGACGCCCAAGUGGUCCGUGCUCGUCACCCGGAAGGUCCCGCUGAAGCUGGAGGAAGCAAAGUCGGCCAAGGCACGGGCUGCCAUAGACAAGGCCGAGGUCAUGACGGGCCGCAUCUUCGGGAUCUUGGGCGAGACCAACGCUGAAGUGGAGCGCGCAGAGGAUAGGAGGAUGAAAUUUCGCGCGGUGUUCCAGGGAUCGAACAUCAGGACUGAGACGGGGACGGCGGCGGUGAACUUGUACGAGGAGGUGAGCAACAGCCCGGCGUCCUUCGUCGCCAUUCGGUGCACCAUGGCGGCGGCUAUCCUGAAGCGCCUCAGCAUCACUGUGCGAGACGCGCUGCAAGCCUACCUCCAGGCCCGCAUCAACGUGGACGGCAGGAUCGAGACGUGGGUUGAGAUACCCAGGGAGUGGUGGCCCGACUCGUGGUUCGAGGGGGGCGACAGGAGCAAGCCACUGUACGUUCUGCCCGUGCGUCUGCUCCUCCUGGCCCUGUACGGGCACCCGGAGGCAGGAGCCCUGUGGGAGAAGAAGCUCACCCAGGUAUUGCUCGGACUCGGAUGGCAUUCGGUGCCCUCUUGGUCGGGCGUGUUCGUCCAUGCCGACGGGAGCAUGCUGACCGUCUACGUCGACGACCUGCUCCUGGCGGCUCUGGGGUGCAAGGCCGACGCCCACUGGGAGGCGCUGUGCAAGAGCAUCGAGUUCAAGGACGAGCCGGCGCCGGUGAACAAGUUCAGUGGUGCGUACUACGCCCUCGACCCUUUCGAUCCGAAGCUCCCCGAUGCGCCUCGCACAGUCACGACGUCGAUGAUCGAUUACACCAGGGCGAUGGUAGAGCGCUUCUGCGCCGACGCCGGCCUCGGGACCACCAAGCCCGUGGACUCGCCGUACAUCUCAGCCGAGUCUUGGGCGCAGGACUCCGAGGAGGCAGGGAGGUUUGCAGACGUCGCGGCGUCGCACUCUGCGUCGCCCCUCUUCUUGUGCCGUGUUGGAAGGCCCGACCUGGCUGCAGCCACGCAGCGUCUGUGCAGCGGAGUGUCGCGCUGGACCACUGUCCACGACUUGGCACUCAUCCGUCUCAUGAUGUAUGCUGCUUGCACCUCCACGCACGUCCUCAAGGGUACGCUUGCCCUGGCCGACGUGGACGAUCUGCUGCUGCUGACGCACUCUGACGCCGAUUGGAACGGCGACCCGAUGACCAGCAAGUCCGUGGCCGGAUGGUGGAUUGAGCUGUUCUCGCCGGCCUCUGGCCGUAGCUUCCCAUUGUCUUGGGGAUGCUCGCAGCAGUCGUCCACUGGAGGGUGCACCGCCGAGACUGAAACAGUCGCAUUCUCCCAUGUCGUGCGGCGGGGGGCCAUACCGAUCCAGAUGCUCCUGGACGAGGUCCUUCCACGCAGGAUUGGGAUAGCGCGCAGGGUCGACAACAUGCAGACGAUCCAAGCCGCAACCAAGGGCUACUCGAAGCGGCUGCGCCAUCUGCCGCGCACGCAGCGCGUCUGCGUCGGCAUGCUGCACGAGAUGCUGAACGACCGGGGCCUCUUGCUGAGCAUCGAGCACUGCCCCACCUUGCAGAUGAAGGCCGACUUGUUCACUAAGGUCUUGAAUGGCCCGAAGUUCCGAGCAGCGCUGGAGAUGAUCCACAUGGUGCAACAAGCUUGA